AAUACUUUUGGUGCUCAUAAAAAACUAUUUAUGUAUUUUCGAAUAAAUGAUCACGAAGAGUUUUAUAAAUUUACAGGGAUGUCAGUACAACAAUUUAAUCAUUUACAUGAUCUUCUAAAAUCAAAUUUACGAAAAAGAAGUCAUAGGGAGCCUUUACCAACAGAGAUACGCGUUGCAGUAACAUUAAGGUGCAGACAUGUCUUUUCGGGUGGUACGUACAAGCAAGUUCCGCCACGUGUACGGAACACCAUUAAAACGUGAACAAUGUUACGACAAUAUUCGAGUGUCGAAAUCGUCGUGGGACUCGACGUUUUGCGCUGUGAAUCCUAAAUUUCUCGCCAUUAUCGUAGAAUCGGCGGGUGGUGGUGCCUUUAUCGUCUUGCCGCACAAUAAGGUAGGAAGAAUACCGGCAGACUAUCCUUUAGUAGGUGGACACAAAGGACCUGUAUUAGAUAUUGCAUGGUGUCCUCAUAAUGAUAAUGUCAUAGCUUCUGGCUCAGAAGAUUGUGUUAUCAAAAUAUGGCAAAUACCUGAUGGGGGUAUUUCUAGGACAAUGACUGAAUCGGUAGUAGAUUUGCAACUACAUCAACGCAGAGUUGGUCUAGUGCUAUGGCAUCCAUCUGCAUUGAACGUGUUGCUCACGGCUGGCUCAGAUAAUUUAGUCAUUAUUUGGAACGUUGGUACAGGAGAAGCCUUAGUGCGCAUCGACUGUCACCCAGAUGUGGUUUAUUCAGCUUGUUGGAACUGGGACGGAUCUCGCGUAGUCACUACAUGUAAAGAUAAAAAGAUUCGCAUCUUAGAUCCAAGGUCAGGUAAAAUAUUAGAAGAAGCUAUAGCGCAUGAAGGAAGCAAAGCGACUCGUGCGAUCUUUCUCAGGGGUGGCUUAAUCUUUACGACAGGUUUCAGUAAAAUGUCGGAAAGGCAAUAUUCUCUACGAGCCCCUGACAUGUUGGGCGAACCGAUAGUUAUGGUAGAAUUAGACACGAGCAACGGAGUUAUGUUUCCUCUGUACGAUCCCGAUACAAAUUUAGUAUAUUUAUGCGGCAAGGGUGAUUCUGUGAUCCGAUACUUCGAAAUUACACCCGAACCGCCGUUCGUUCAUUACAUUAAUACCUUUCAAACUCCCGAUCCUCAACGGGGUAUAGGAAUGAUGCCAAAACGGGGCUGUGACGUCAAUAGUUGUGAAAUAACCCGAUUCUAUCGAUUAAACAAUUCGGGAUUCUGUCAAGUGGUAUCCAUGACGGUACCAAGAAAGUCUGAACUCUUCCAAGAAGAUUUAUAUCCCGAUACACCUGGUGACACGGCUGCGAUUUCGGCGGAAGAAUGGGAAAGCGGCACCGAUGCGGAACCCAUAUUGAUAUCGCUUAGGGACGGUUACCAGCCGACCGUUUCCAAGAACGAACUCAAAGUACAAAAGAAAUCAAACAUAUUGAGCAAAGGUGCCAAGGUUGCGUCUAAUGCUGCGCAAAACACCGCGCAAGUUUCAGGAGCUUGUGAGGAACUGUUGAAGGAAUGCAGAGAAGAGAUAAGAAAAUUAAAAGCCGUGAUUGUGAAGCAUGAGGGAAGAAUACGAGUGUUGGAAUCGGCGGUCGCGCUUCAAAUGAAGGAGGAAGAGCGAGGAAAAGAAGAAAGAAAAGAAGAGAGAAAAGAAGAGAGAAAAGAAAGAUCGUCUUCUCCCGACAGCAAGGAACCACUCGCUUCCGACGAAGUGUAAAACCUCUCCGGAUUUUUGUCUUCAGUUCGAGAUAAAAUUCCGUGACGCGAUGUGUAAUAUUUCUAACUAGAUCAUAUUUUUUACUAGAAUUACUAAUAUAUCGUGUAAUAAGAAUGAUCGUAUAUUUUGAUAUAACAACUUACUGUAAAUAAUAGGUUCUAGCGAUACUGUGUGUGUCUCUGAUUUUUAUUAUUUAUUGUAUACAUCUACUAUUCGUCGUACAUUCUCCGAAUUUGUAUUAUGUUUACAUAUUUUAUCAUUUUAAUGGCGUGACACACAGGAGCCGCAUAACGACAACAACCAUAUGUAUCUCUUAGAAGUAAGUUUCUGAAUUUUUCUGAAAUUUUUUUUUUUUCACGCAAUUGACAUGACUAUAAUAUACAGCAUAGCGAUAAACACCUACUACAUGUAUGUAUAUGAAACCUUUGUGUACGUAUCGGAGAAAUCGUGAUACACUCGAGUGCCUAACUCUUGUACAAAUAUUUUCUGUUAAAUAACAAAGAGUAUUAUUUUGUUUCAAUA